CCCCCGCCCCCGCCGCGGUCCCUCCCCCACUCCACCCCCCUCCGCGCCGGCAGCCCAGUGCUCCGCCCGAAGGCGGGUCCGCCAUAAACAAACGCGGCUUGGUCGCACGUGGACCACGGAGCUGCAGCGCCUCGACACAGACCUACGGUUGGGCGCCCAGUCUCCAGGUACAGGGAGCGACCAGGAAGGGCAAGAGAGCGCGCCCGGGCCCGGGCCCGGCCCCAGCCACCUCGACCCGGCUCGCCUCGGCUGGGCUCCCGCUCCAUGGCUCCGCGGCCGCCGCUGCCCUUGAGGCCCUUUAGCCCAGAGGGGCCUCGCGGCAGCGGGUGCAAACACUCACUGAAGGACUGAACAGCACCGCCGCCUCCUCGAGGGCCACCCCCAGCACCCUAAGAAAAGCCGAGGCGGGAGCGACGAGCAGGAGCGUGCCGGAAGCGGGGCAGGAUUGCCGCGGGACUGUCCAGCCCUGAGGAGGCUGCGCCCAGGGUCCGGCGGGCAAAGCCGCCGGGCUGCACUGAGCUCGGGCUGGACGCUGGGGAGAGGUGCUGGGUCUCGGUGCCCCAGGCCAGCCCCGCACACCUGCCUGCAGCCGGCGCUCCGGACUCACCUGGCUCCCGGCGCUUUCUUCCCCAUCCCCGCCGCUGCGCCAGAGCGGGACUCCGCGGGCCUGGAGCACGGCCGGGUCUAAUAUGCCCGGAGCCAAGGCGCGAUGAAGGAAAAGUCCAAGAAUGCGGCCAAGACCAGGAGGGAGAAGGAAAAUGGCGAGUUUUACGAGCUGGCUAAGCUGCUCCCGCUGCCGUCGGCCAUCACUUCCCAGCUGGACAAAGCGUCCAUCAUCCGACUGACCACGAGCUAUCUGAAGAUGCGCGCCGUCUUCCCCGAAGGUUUAGGAGAGGCGUGGGGACAGCCGAGUCGUGCCGGGCCCCUGGACAGCGUUGCCAAGGAGCUGGGAUCACACUUACUGCAGACUUUGGAUGGAUUUGUUUUUGUGGUAGCGUCUGACGGCAAAAUCAUGUAUAUAUCCGAGACAGCUUCUGUACAUUUAGGCUUGUCCCAGGUGGAGCUCACUGGCAACAGUAUUUAUGAGUACAUCCAUCCUUCCGACCACGAUGAGAUGACUGCUGUCCUCACUGCCCACAAGCCUCUGCACCACCACCUGCUCCAAGAGUACGAGAUGGAGAGGUCGUUCUUUCUACGAAUGAAGUGUGUCUUGGCGAAAAGAAAUGCAGGCCUGACCUGCAGUGGAUACAAGGUCAUCCACUGCAGCGGCUACUUGAAGAUCAGGCAGUAUAUGCUGGACAUGUCCCUGUAUGACUCCUGCUACCAGAUCAUGGGGCUGGUGGCUGUGGGCCAGUCCCUGCCGCCCAGCGCCAUCACCGAGAUCAAGCUGCACAGUAACAUGUUCAUGUUCAGGGCCAGCCUCGACCUGAAGCUCAUAUUCCUGGACUCCAGGGUGACUGAGCUGACGGGGUACGAGCCACAGGACCUGAUUGAGAAGACCUUGUACCACCACGUGCAUGGCUGUGACGUGUUCCACCUCCGCUACGCACACCACCUCCUGCUGGUGAAGGGCCAGGUCACCACCAAGUACUACCGGCUGCUGUCCCGGCGGGGCGGCUGGGUGUGGGUGCAGAGCUACGCCACCGUGGUGCACAACAGCCGUUCGUCCCGGCCCCACUGCAUCGUGAGUGUCAAUUAUGUCCUCACGGAGAUUGAAUACAAGGAACUUCAGUUGUCCCUGGACCAGGUGUCCACUUGCAAGUCCCAGGAUUCCUGGAGGACCGCCUUGUCUACCUCACAAGAAACCAGGAAAUUAGCUAAACCCAAAAAUGCAAAGAUGAAGACAAAGCUGAGAACAAACCCUUACCCCCCACAGCAAUACAGCUCCUUCCAAAUGGACAAACUGGAAUGCAGCCAGCUUGGAAACUGGAGAGCCAGUCCCCCAGCCAACGCUGGGGCACCCCCAGAACAGCAGCUGCAUUCAGAGGGCAGCGAGCUCCUGUACACACCGUCCUAUGGCCUGCCCUUCUCCUACCAUUACGGACACUUCCCUCUGGACUCUCACGUCUUCAGCAGCAAAAAGCCAAUGUUGCCAGCCAAGUUCGGGCAGCCCCAAGGAUCCCCUUGUGAGGUGGCACGCUUUUUCCUGAGUACGCUGCCAGCCAGUGGAGAAUGCCAGUGGCAUUAUGCCAACCCCCUAGUGCCUAGCAGCCCGUCUCCAGCUAAAAACCUCCCGGAACCACCAGCGAACACCGCAAGGCACAGCCUCUUGCCGAACUAUGAAGCGCCCGCCGCCACCGCCGUGCGCAGGUUCGGGGAGGACACCGCGCCGCCGCCGCCGAGCUUCCCGAGCUGCGGCCACUACCGCGAGGAGCCCGCGCUGGGCCCGGCCAAGGCCGCCCGCCAGGCCGCCCGGGAUGGGGCGCGGCUGGCGCUGGCCCGCGCGGCGUCCGAGUGCUGCGCUCCGGCCGCCGAGCCCCCGGGCGCGCCGGCCCAGCUGCCCCUAGUGCUGCUCAACUACCACCGCGUGCUGGCCCGGCGCGGGCCGCUGGGGGGCGCCGCGCACGCCGCGCCCGGCCUGGCCUGCGGCCCCGGCGGCCCCGACGCGGCGCCCGGCGCGCUGCGGCCCCGGCCCCCGAGCCCCGCGGCCGCCUCGCCGCCCGGAGCGCCGCUGCCCCACUACCUGGGCGCCUCGGUCAUCAUCACCAACGGCAGGUGACCCGCCCCGCGCGGGGCCGCCCGCAUGGUGAAGCCAUAGGCCGGGCCCUCCGGGUUCAGGCCCAGGAGGGGCGCGCUGCAUACGCAUGAUGUAAGUUAAUUUAUACAGAGACGGCUAUUUUAAUAGGACUCCGCAGCAGACUUCUAGAUUUAUACCGUAGAUGCCACAGACGCCGGCGCAGAGGACUGAGACCACGGAGACGCGGCCUGGCUUGGGGCAGAAAGGACCUCCUGGCCUUUGUUCUCCAAGAUCUGCGUCUCCUUAAGGGGCAGCGCUGACCUCAGUGUACCCCAUCGUUGGGGGGUGGUGUGUGUGUCAGUUUUCCUCACCUUGAAAUCGGACUUAACUGCAUCUUGCCUUGUCCUCAUGAGCUCGAUAAUGGCCCCACUGUGGGGUGGGGGCGGUUAAGGAGCUUCAACUCCGCAAAUACCCUUCCCUCUGCGGAAAGAAACCCCACUCAGAGACAGCUCUUCCGGGAGGAGGCCUGUGUCCCCUGCCCUUGUAGGUUCUUGGGUAAAGGCAAAAUGUGAUUAAGUCCCCUAAAAAGAGAACAAGGCCAAUGUCUCUAAAAGUCAUUCAUGAGUCUCGUUAAUUUUUUUUUUUAAUUUAACUUUUUUCAAUACAAAAAUCAACAAGCCUAGACUAAGGACGGGGUGAACAUGCAAUUUCAUUGUGUGUCUGAACACUGUGCUGCACCAGUACAUUAACAAGCUCUUACUGCCCCCUAACCCCUGUGAACUCUUGAUAACACCAAGAAUAGCACCUUCCCAAUAUACUGAUAGGCAUUAAAUGCAAAAUAAGUAUAUAUAGCCAGAGAUUUUAUGAGAAUGACCCUGUCAAGCUCAAUUUCAUGGCAAAAUGCCUCUGGCCCAUACCGACCUGUAAUUCACUAGCCUUGUGUUUGUUAUAAGUAGUGCUAAUAAAGUUAGUUAAAUUGCAUGUGCAAUAUGGAAAACUGUCAAUGGGCUGCACCUUGUGUAAGAAAAACAUGCUAAGGGGAUGUAAUGAAAACAAUGUAUACAUUUUAAGCAUUUUCUACAUAGCAAGGAAAUGCCAUAUGAACAUGCCAUGUAACAAGUAAACAAAAUCCUUUCAUAAUGAACCAGCAGUGUUUUAAAAAUAAACUUCUAUUAUUUUUGUUUUACAGUUUUGCUUUAAGAUCUCACCAUUUAAAAAUCCUAUCAUAGCUCUGAACUGGAUGGGUACGUUUAACUGUCUUCAACUUGUCCACACUAUAAACAGGCAUCAUUUUGGUGCUUUUUCCAAAGCAGUUUAUUUUAGGAAAUGAUUUCCAAGCUUUCAGAGUAGAAAGAGGUUUUCACAAAUGUUUUAAACUCACCAUUCUAGAAUCAAAGUACCC